AUGACUAGAGAGCAGAAAUUCAUCAGGGAUUUUAGGAAGCAUGACCCUCUGACCUUCGAAGGGAAGGAAAUUGACCCAAUGGCGGCAGAAGCAUGGUGGAAAACUGCUCAAAGAACGUUGAAGGGUGAAGAUGAAGAUGAGGAAUCAAUCUGUUGGCAUGAAAUGGAGAGGGCAUUUUCCCACAAGUACUACCCACUGGUGAAUCAGUAUCAGAAUGAGGCCGCCUUCCUAAACCUGAGGCAGGGAAAUAGGAUAGUUGAGGAAGCAGGUCGAUACGGAGGAAAAAUGGAUAUGAAGAUUUAUUGCAGGUCUUCGAGAGGAAAUCCAGGGAACAGUGGCGGCAGUAGUACCCACUACAUAUGCAGGCGCCCUAAAUGCUGCUACCAUGAUGGACGCCCAACUCCAAAAGAUGCUCAAAAGAUUUGGGGGACAUCACGAGACGUGAACAGAGGAAGAUCGCAUAGGUCACCUCCAACAAAAAGGCAGCAGGCUGUUAGAAGUGAUGUCCUCCGACUUGAGAGACCUACUUGCCCCACUUGUGGCACCAGACAUACAGGGGAGUGCAAGGCAGGUUCGAACGCAUGUUUCCAUUGUGGUAAGAGUGAUCAUAAGAAGGUUGAUUGCCCUUACCGAAGGUGUCAAGAGGAGAACAGGGUGUCAGGGUCAGGGCAAGGAAGCCGAGGGGGCAUGGCGCAGAAUCACGAUACUGCUAGGGCAACUAUUAGGAAGAGGGCGGAUGACAUGGACACUGUGGUGACAGGUACCUUACCAGUACUUGGCUUUCAUGCUUUUGUAUUAUUUGACUCUGGAUCCACACACUCGUUCAUAUCUACUACCUUUGUAAGUUGUGCACAGUUAGGACUAGAGCCUUUAGGAUACAGAUUAUCGGUGUCUACACCGUCAUGGGAGAUUUUAGUAGCUAAUGAGAGGGUGCAAGCAAGUCAAAUAGUAAUAGCAGAACGACCUCUAGAGGUGGUGUUAAUCGUUCUUAACAUGAGUGAUUUCGUCGUGAUCCUCGGCAUGGACUGGCUAGCUGAGAGCCAUGCAAUUAUUGAUUGUAGGGCUAAAGAGGUGAUUUUUAUGCCACCUAAUGAACAGAGCUUUAAAUUUAAGGGGGUGGAAUCUCGAAGCACCCCGAGGAUUAUCUCUACUCUAAAGGAAAGAAAGAUAAUUGGCCACAGAGCUUGGGCCCUAUUGGCCAGCGUAAUGGACACGAGGAAAGGUACUAGUAGUACGAUGAAUGUGCCUAUAGUACAAGAGUUUAAGGAUGUGUUUCCAAAAGAACUGUCUGGGUUACCACCAGUUAGGGACAUGGAAUUUGCAAUCGAGCUGGAACCUUGUACAGCUCCAAUCUCCAAGGCACCUUACAGAAGGACUCAUGCCGAGUUGAAGGAACUAAAGGAGCAGUUGCAGGAUCUCUUAGAUCGAGGUUCUAUCAGGCCAAGUGUAUCGCCAUGGGGAGCCCCAGUGCUUUUUGUCAAUAAGAAGGAUGGGGCCUUGAGAUUGUACAUUGACUAUAGAGAAUUGAAUAAAGUAACAAUAAAAAACAAAUACCCGUUGCCUCGCAUUGAUGAUCUAUUCGACCAAUUGCAAGGUGCUUCAGUAUUUUCAAAACUUGACCUGUGA